UCAUUUGGAUUCGGUGUAAUUUACGUUUGUUUUUCUUGUCAAAACUCUUUCGAUUAACAUUUAAAACAACGCAAGGUCACCAGACGUCCGCAUUUCACAUUAGUCUACAACUGGCUUAUUCCGCGUUAAUAAUGUUCCUUUUCAAUAAAUGAAAUUCAUAUCGAAGCAGGAACGACGAUGAGAUUAGUGUUAUUAUUAACAGCGAACCUAGAUACAAAACAUUGAUUGGCAGUAUUAAAGCUUUCGUCAUAACAUCGGCGAAUGAAUGCUAUACCUUGUAAACAUUGCCAUAUCGGAAAAAGACAAAAUCGAUACUCUUCGAUUGAACACCUGAUCUAGGGUGAUCGCUGUAUAGAACAAACGGGUUUUCGUACCUUUAGUAUUGUAUUCAAUAAAGGAUUUAAUACUUGCAGUUUAAAAUGUGUGGAAGUUGACCAAAAACUAGGACUCUAUGUAACGAAAAUGUUUAAUUAAGUUAUUUUAAUAUAAUUACACAGACAAACAACGAAGUUUGGAACCACUGCUAAAGAUGCACAGUAAAUCAUGGGGUCUUCAGCCAGUAAAGAUUCCCAUCUACCACAGAGGCCAUUGUCAGAGCCUGCGGGACGCGGCUCGCUGCGAAAAGAUCAAACUAAUGGAAAGCUUGUGACUAACCCGACUAAUUCCCCGUCAGAACAAGGAUCGACCGCCAACAACAACAAUGUGCUCCAGCACCGGGGUAAGGGCACGUCUGUGGCCUCCACUCUCGAAAAUACCGUAUAUGAGCACGUGUUCCAUGUGACCACAGGCCAGACGACGGGGGACGACCUUCCGGAGACGAGCGUGCUGCUUGCGGAGACCGCCAAGAAGGCCGGAACCCCCGCACUCCUCACACACACAAACAUAGAGGAGGCUGUGUUUGAGCGGUUGAUGUUACGGAACCCCGGGAGUAAAUUGGUAUCUACGGUACCUGGGUCACCCAGCCACGCGCCACCCGCCCUGCUGAAGGCAGCCCCCGUGGCGGAACCGCUCGCUCUCAAGUACCUCUACCACUGCUUCGUUCGAUGGAGGGCCGUCAAGGAGGACCCAAAGUUUGCUGGUGCAUCAAAAGAACUAGCCAAGAGUGAGAAUGUGAUCUUCCAGAAUGCCACCCUGUGUUUGCAACAGCCCAAACUGUUUCAGAAACAGAAUGUUUACGCCCAGUUCAUAGAUCUGUGUAUUGACGCAGGCGUUAACUUACUGGACACCAAAUCCAAAAUCUACGAGUUCAUAAUGAAGUUGGUUGAGCGGAUGGACCAGCAGCCGGGAGCGGUUAUGGAAUGCCUAGUGCCCGUUCUCAAGAUGAUUCGUACAAAGUUUACCACGGAGUUCAAACUUUCACAUGCAAACGAAAUCUCACAGUAUACGUCAGUGGUUAGACUGUUCACAUGCUCCGAGACGCUCGCAAAGGUGUUCAUGGAGUUUAACGCACCUGUGGACUGGGGAGUGGGUGGGAGUUAUGAGCGGACGCUGCUGGGCGCCAUGUUCGCCCUGAAUCCGUGCCCCCGUGGUGCUGAGGUGCCGUGCGAGUUCUUCGCCGAUAAUGCGGCUGAACAAUCCACCCACGAUCUGCACAAGACCAUCAUGUUCAUAUGGCAGCGGUUGUACACGAUUUGCGAGGACAUCAACCGGAUCCUGAAGACGAUCAUCAAACUGUCACCCGGCCUGAGACACAGCGUUCUCAACUGGCUGGGCAGAUGUUUACACGCCAACAGAGGCAAAGUAGACCUGUGGUCGGCACACGAGACGGAGGUGUUCCAGAAGGACUUCUGUUCCGACGGCUUCUCCCUGAACAUGUGUCACGUGUUGCUUCACCUUUGCACGCCCUUCUCCACCCCCGGAAGUCCAAUGUUGCUCAAGGUGAAGCCCAGCUACACCAGAGCGGCCCCCGCCACCGACCAACAGGCAGAGGAACUGUGUGUUCACUCACGAGGCCUGGAGGACGAGAGAACACUGGCGCCCUAUACCGAGGAGCGGCAGCUUCCCCCGGAGAAGUGUUACACGUUCAUCUGCGAAUGUUUUUUCCUGACACACCAGGCGCUCCACAUUGCGUACAGCAUGGUUUACAAGCUUUACAAACUCAACAGCAGCAUUGUCCGCCUCAAACGCCUGCUCGAGCUCCUUAAAGAGACGCACACCAGGCGCGUCAUCGCCUUGGUUAAAAUGCAGCUCAAUAGAGAGUUCUGCUGGUAUUACAACAUGAAAGCUGCCUUGACAGAGUACAGCUUUACAAAAAUGUGCCUUAGUUUUCACGUUGCCACGGCGACCUGGCUGGUCCAAGUCGCUUCGCGGGAUGACGUCAAGGAUUUUCCUGACGUCACGCUGCCACUUCCAGUAGAGAUACCAAAGUCAUUAUCGUCUAUACCGGAGUUUGUGAUAACCAAUUACACCAUGUUUGUGUCGUCUUUAGAAAUAUUUGGAGGAAUGGAUCUCCUAGCGGGUGACCGGGCAAUACUUGACCACAUGAUGACGCUCGUCCUCGUUUUCAUGGGGAGUCCCAAGCGCUUGGCCGACUCGGAUGCACGUGCCAAACUCUCCGAGGCGCUUGAUGCACUUCUCCCGCGACAGAACGACGACGGCUCGUAUAACACCUCUAAAACGAGCGGUAACGUUGACGCCAUGUUCCGGGAACACCGCCUGAUAGGCCAUUUGGCUGGGACAGUGCUCAACGUGUUUGUGAGUAUUGAGAUGACGGGACAGUCCGUAGACGACGAACGCAAGUUUAACUACCGGAAGUCCAUGCAUAAGCUCCUCCAGUAUAUGUGGAAGAUACCUUUACAUAAACAGGCCAUCAAGGGUCUUGCGAGUACCGCCAUGAAGGAGAUAGAGAAUACAGAACCACCUCUAUUUCUACGUUUCAUUAACCUCCUCAUCAACGAUGCCAUAUUUCUUCUCGACGAGGCUUUAGAUCACAUGAAACAAAUCAAGGAUCUUGAGCUUGAGCGGGACACUGGCAAGUGGGACGGACUGUCGGCUGAGGCGGCGCGCGACAAGGAGACUGGGCUGCGUCACCUAGGAAUGAUGGGCCGCUACCGGAACGUGAUGGCGAACUAUACCAUCUAUACGCUGGAGAUACUGUCCCGGGAGAUCAGGGACAUUUUCUGUCAUAGCCUAAUGGUGGAUAGGGUCGCCGGCUUGCUCAACUACUUCCUAGAACACCUGGUCGGCCCAAAACAGAAAGAAUACAAGGUGCGAGACAGGCGUGAGUACGAGUUCCGACCGGAGCAGAUCGUGUCCGACAUCUCACACAUAUACGUAUACCUGGGCACCUCAGACACGUUCUGUAAGGCCGUCCUCGGUGAAACAAGGUCGUUUUCGGAGAAUCUGUUCCAGCAAGCGACAACGGUGCUCGAGAAGAUCGGGGUGCAGGCGGAGUUUCUCGUCAAAUUUGUAGAGCUUAACGAUAAACUUAAGGGUCUAGAGAGGGAAGCACACCACGAAGAGGAGAUGUUAGCGGACGCACCGGACGAAUUUCUAGAUCCCAUCAUGGGCACCCUGAUGGCUGACCCCGUCACCCUGCCGGACUCAAAGACUAACAUGGACCGCAAUGUCAUUGCCAGGCAUCUACUCAGUGACCAGCGUGACCCAUUCACCAACAUGCCGCUGUCCAUGGACCGGGUUACCCCCAACACCGACCUCAAACAGCGGAUAAACCACUGGAAGGCCGAGCAGCUAAAGAAAACAUAGCAACUACAUUGAACUAUAAGAGCCGUGUUCACGUCUUAAUUCUGAGAUAUUGGGUCUGAAACACAGAUUGUUGGCCCAUGUUUACAGUCUUGAUUAAGACUCAUUCGAAAAGUUGGUCUCUAGAGAGAAAGUGUGCUGGCUUAUAGUGAAUAUGGAACAAGGAGUGAUUCUUUAGUGAGAAACGGGUUGCUUUUCCUGUUUUUCUUCAUUGCAAUAUAAUUGUCAAGUUAUGGAAAUACAGUGGCUGUAAUCCUUAUGUGCGUUACUGCUUCAAGCGAAUUACGUUUCAGGUGUAUGCUUUAAAGGGUUUUAUUGAUGGUGAUUGUUCUAAUCCAUCAUUGUGUUUCCGUUGCGCUUCAUUAAAAUACAUGUUCUUUUACAGUUGAAGUAUUUAAUCAUGUUUUGCAUCACUUGCAGUUUUAUGUUUUCACUGUUAAAAUUAUAUUUUAUGUUAAAUGUUAUUUAUAUAUUU